AUGGCGGCGAUGCUCCAGCCUCAGAUCAUACAUCUAAAGGAAGGCAACAACACGUCGCAGGGCAAAGCGAAAGUAGUGAGCAACAUCAACGCCUGCACCGCCGUCGCCGACACCGUCCGUACAACUCUCGGCCCGAGGGGAAUGGACAAGCUCAUCCACGACGACAAGGGAAACACCACUAUCUCCAACGAUGGGGCUACGAUCAUGAAGCUGCUCGACAUCGUUCACCCUGCUGCCAAGAUCCUUGUCGAUAUCGCCAAGUCUCAGGACUCCGACGUUGGUGAUGGUACCACUACAGUCGUGCUGCUUGCAGGUGAAUUCUUGAAAGAGGCAAAACCUUUCAUUGAGGAUGGUGUCCAUCCUCAAAAUCUUAUUAGAAGCUACCGAGCUGCAGGCAACUUGGCCAUUAGCAAAGUUAAAGAGCUCUCUGUAAGCAUAGAAGGGAAGAGCCUUGAGGAAAAGAAGUCCUUAUUGGCAAAAUGUGCUGCUACAACACUAUCAUCAAAAUUAAUAGGAGGCGAAAAAGAAUUUUUUGCUGAAAUGGUUGUGGACGCUGUCCUUGCUAUUGUAAAUGAUGAUAGAUUAAAUUUACUUGGAAUAAAAAAGGUUAUUCUCAUCAGUUCUAGGGGUACUAUGAGGGAUUCAUUUCUUGUUAAUGGUGUUGCUUUCAAAAAGACAUUCUCUUAUGUUGGUUUUGAGCAGAAGCCAAAGAAGUUUCUGAAUCCAAAAAUCCUUCUGUUAAACAUUGAAUUAGAGUUGAAAUCAGAGAAAGAAAAUGCUGAAAUCAGACUAUCAGAUCCACUGCAGUAUCAGUCAAUAGUUGAUGCUGAGUGGAAUAUCAUCUACGACAAGUUAGAUAAGUGUGUCAAGAGUGGAGCAAAAAUUGUCCUCUCGAGAUUGGCAAUUGGCGACCUUGCAACUCAGUAUUUUGCAGAUCGAGAUAUAUUCUGCAAUGGAACUUCCCGUUAG